UGCUUUCCAUAUAACUCAUCGGCUGUUACUCCCAAAUCGCAAUGGCGUUGCACCGAGAUUUAAACGACGGCUCUCCCCGUUCCGUCUCGUCCUUUGUGCUCUGGCGUCCUGCUUUUCUUGUGCGCACGGCAGACUUCGCCUUUUGUCUUGGCAGUACCAAAAAGAUGGGAUCGGUGGGAAGGAGGGUGGGCUGACCGCUGAGAGUGGCUGAGGAGAAUAGCUGGCUUCCAUCAUUGCAGCUGCUUGUUUGUGCCCGCUUCGGAUUUGCUCUUUGAGUAGGUUUCAGUGGUUUUGUUCGUCAUUUGUUCUGGCAUAGAUCAUCACCAGAGAUAUAGCAAUUACGCUUUUCAAGAUUAAAAGGAGCAUAUUACUUUGUAUGCUUGAGCUCAUGGCGGACAGGUUGCAUGCUGAAUCAAGACGACUUUAUUCAUGGUGGUGGGACAGCCAUAUCAGCCCAAAGAAUUCAAAAUGGCUUCAGGAGAAUCUUGCAGAUACAGACAUGAAGGUCAACACAAUAAUCAAGAUGUUAGAAGAAGAUGCUGAUUCCUUUGCAAGGAGAGCAGAGAUGUACUACAAGAAGCGUCCAGAGCUCAUGAAAUUGGUGGAGGAACUUUACCGAGCAUACCGUGCAUUAGCAGAGAGAUAUGAUCAUGCAACAGGAGCACUUCAUCAGGCUCAUCGAACAAUGGCAGAGGCAUUCCCUAGCCAAUUCCCGUUGGUGAUGUCAGAUGGAUCACCUUAUGGUUCUUUUGGAAAUGAGGCAGAACCUCACACACCUGAAGUGCCACCGGCCCUUCGUGCGUUAUUUGAUCCUAAUGAGUUACAGAAGGAUGCAUUGUGCUUGUCAUUAGAUUCACAUGUACUUAGAAGAAAUGGGUUAUAUUCUGAACAAAGUAGUUUAUCUUCAAGAAACAAGGGUUUGAAGCAAUUGAAUGAGAUGUUUGCAAUUGGGGAUGGGGCAGCACGCAUGACAUCUGAUGGGAGAGCAAGAAAAGGACUAAAUUUUCAGGAGGAAGAGGGAGAAAGUGUUGACAAUAACUCAAAAUUUUGGCCUGUAGAAAACACUAAACUUAUGGAGAAACAAGAUUCAAGCUAUGUAGCAAAAGGUCACCAACAAGACAUUUCCCAGUUAUCAGCUGGGAACCAUAAUCUGAAGAUUCUGAUAAUGGCAGAAUCUGAUCGUUCUAAUAAAACAGAAAAUGAGCAUCAAGGCUUGAAUCGUACUCUCUCUAAAAUGAGCUCUGAGAAGGAUGCAGAUAACAUUCAAUACCAAGUAUCUCCUGAAAGAACCUCAGUUCUUGAAUCUUGUCUCUCUGCCACACAAAAUGAAUUGAAUAAACUCAAUGAUGAAAUGCUGAGCAAAGUGAAGAACCUGCAGAGUUGUGAAGAACUUAACCAAUCUCUAUCAAUGGUACUAGAGAUGCUAAGAAAGAAAGCAGAUAUGCAGGAGUACAAACUUAUUCAGAAUCAGCAGGCAUUAGAAAAAUUCCACAAUACAAUUGAAGACAAACACCAGAAAUGUAUGCUGGCUGAGAUGGCUGUCCUCUUGGAGGAAAAGCUGCACACUCAAUCUCAGGAAGAGGUAAAUCAUUUGAGUCAAGAAAUUCAAAGAGGUAUCAAUGAGUUAAGGGAUAUGGAGCUGUAUAGUAUAGAUCUCCAGGAAAAGAUAUGCAAGCUUAAUGAUGAAAAUGACAGAUUAAAUGAACAAAAUCUUCACUCUAGCUUGAUGAACAAAAUGCUCCAAGACAAGAUCAAUUUGUUGGCUGAGAAAAAAAGGAUCCUUGAAGAUGAAGUUGGGCUCCUUGUUGGCGAAAAGGAAAUCUUUAUUCAAGAGCUGUGCCAUAUUAAAGAAAUUAGGAAUGACUUGGAAGUGAAACACCAAGAACUUAUGGAGGAAAAGGUAGCUGCCAGGAUACAUGCUGAGUCCCUUGAAACAGCCAUAAAAGAUUUGCAAAAUGAAAAUUCUGACUUGAAAGCUAUCUGCAAGAAGUAUGAAGCUGAUUUUGUGGAGAAGCUGAGAGAGAGGGACGAUAUUUUAAAGAAGAACACAGCAUUGGAAAGUUCACUAUCUGAUGUGCACAUAGAGUUAGGAGUUGUAAGAGAAAAGAUUUUAGCACUGAAGGAAUUGCACGAAUCUCUCAACAGAAAAAUUUCGACCAAUAUUGCUGAGAAGAAUGUGCUCAUCUCUAAGGUAGAAAUUCUUUCAAAGGAUGUGGAUACCCUUUCCAGAGAAAAAACCCUCUUGGAGAACUCUCUUUUUUGCUUAAGCACUGAACUUGGGUGUUUGAGGCCAAAGUUGAAAAUUUUUGAAGAAUCCUAUCAGUCGCUCAGCGAUCAGCAUUUUGCUCUUCUUGCUGAAAGGAACAGUCUUCUCUCUCAGGUAGAGAGCCUUACUCAGAAUGUGGAGAAGCAUUCAGAGAAAAGUUUGAUUUUGGAGAACUCACUAUCUGAUAUAAGCAGCGAAGUUGGGUAUCUGAGUUCAAAAUUGAAGGACUUUGAAGAAUCCUGUCAGUCUCUCAGUGAUCAGAACUCUGGUCUUCUAGCCAAGAGAAAUUCUCUUCUUUCUCAGGUAGAAAUUCUAACUCUGAAUGGGGAAAAGCUCUCAGACAAGAAUUCCUUCUUGGAGAAGUCCCUGUCUGAUAUGAACAAUGAAGCUGGGAAUUUGAGGUCAAAGUUGAAGGAAUCUGAAGAAUCCUGUCAGUCUCUCAUUGAGCAAAAGUCUGAUAUCUUUGCUGAAAGGAACACCUUGCUUUCUAAGGUAGAGAUUCUUAUUCAGAAUGUGGAGACACUCUUAGACAAGAAGUCCUUCUUGGAGAAGUCUCUAUCCGAGAUGAGCAAUGAAGUUGAGUGUUUAAGGUCAAACUUGAAGGAUUCUGAAGAAUUCUGUCUGUCUAUUAGUGGUCAGAACUCUGGACUUCUUGCUGAAAAGACAGCUCUUGUCUGUCAGGUACAGUUUCUUACUCAGAACAUGGAGAAGCUUUCACAGAAAAGUUCCGUCCUGGAGAACUCCCUAUCUGAUGCAAACAAUGAAGUUGGAUGUUUGAGGUCAAAGUUAAUAAACCUUGAAAGUUCCUGUAGUUCACUGUGUGAUCAGAACUUCUGCCUUAUUUCUGAAAGAGGCACUCUUCUGUCCCAGGCAGCGAUCCUUACCCAGGAUAUAGAGAAGCUUUCGGAGAAAAAUUCCUUCUUGGAGAACUCAUUAAUUAAUGCAAGCAGUGAAGUUGAGUGUCUGAGGUCAAAGUUAAAAGUCUCUGAAGAAUCCACACAGUCACUUGGUAAUAUGAAGUCUGUUUUUCUUGCUGAAAGGGAGAAUCUUCUAUCUCAAUUAGAGAUUCUUACUCAGAAUGUAAAUAAGAUUUCAGACAAAUAUUCUAACCUGGAAAACUCUCUAUCUAAUAUAAGCACUCUAGUUGGGUGUCUGAGGUCAAAGUUGAAAGACUCUGAAGAAUCUUGUCAGUCUCUUCGCAAUCAGCACUCUGGUCUUCUUGUUGAAAGGAACACUCUUCUUUCUCAGGUGGAGGUUCUUACUCAGAAUGUAGAGAAGCUUUAUGUCAAAAACUCAUUCUUGGAGGACUCCCUAACUGUUGUAAGCAGUGAAGUUGGGUCUUUGAGGUCAAAGUUGAAAGACUUAGAAGAAUCUUGUCAAUCACUCAGCAACCAUAACUCUGGUCUUUUUGCCGAGAGGAACAAUCUUCUAUCUAAGUUAGAGAUUCUUUCUCAGAUUGUAGAGAAGCUUUCCUACAAGAAUUCCUUCUCGGAGAACUCCCUAUCGGAGGUAAGAAAUGAAGCUGUUUUUCUGAAGUCAGAGUUAAAAGACUUAGAAGACUCCUAUCAGUCCCUGCGUGCUCAGAACUCUGGUCAUUUUGUUGAGGACACUCUUGUUUCUCAGGUAGAAAGAAUCACCCUGAAUCUGAUAAACCUGGAGAGUAUGUUCACUGACUUGAAGGAUAAGAACUUGAAAUUAACAAGAGAAAGAGAUUUUUUAACCCAUCAGGUCAAGGAUCUACAAGAUCAUCUGAAGCUAGAAAAAGAAGAGCAUGAAACCCAUAUUCAAUCAUACAAGAGUAGGAUAGCCACAUUAGAGAACCAGAUCUUUCUCCUGCGACAGGAAAACCAGCUUAAAGAGGAGGAGCUUGAAGCAGAAGAAAAUAAUCUGAUUGGUGCUCUGAUGGGAAAUUUUAUCUUGCAAAGAAGUUUGUUUGAUGUAAAUGGAAGGAACUUGGAUCUUUCCAUAGAAUGUCAGAAGCACAUACAGAAUUGUAAUAGUGCCGAGACAAUUAUUUCAGAACUUGAACAGGAAAAGCUCAUGCAUAUCAACAACAUACUGUUAUUGUCGGAGCAAAAGGAGAAUUUAAAUAAUGGAAUUCAUUUACUCUGGAACACACUUAUUUUUGACAAGGACUUUGGUAACUUGGAUGAAAUCCAGGAUGAAUUUAAUAUUAUCUUGACUGAAAUUAAAAAGCUGUUGAAUUUUACCUCAGAAGCCGAGGGUGAUAAUCAACAACUGCAUAUAGAGAUAUCAGUGUUUGCCACGCUUCUGAGACAUAUAAUACAGGAUCUCAUCAGUCUAAGAUCGGAGAAAUGUUCUCUUGAAAGGGAGCUUGACAUCAAAACCGAAGAAUUAUUAGCAUUAGGAAAACAGAAGCACAAAAUCUUAAGCUUGAAUGAAAAACUAGUGAAGGAUGUGGAAGCAAACAACCAAAGGGAGGUAGUACUGGAGACUGAAAUAAAGGCUGUCCAUGGGCAGUUGACAGAUCUGCAAGAUGCUCUCCAGAUGUCUAAAUGUGAAAUUUUAAAUUUGAUUGAAGAAAAGAUGAUUCUCAUGGAAGAAUCUUACAGUUUAAAACAAAAGCAUCGCAUGUUGGAAGAGGAACAUAUUGACGUCCUUGCAGAGGCAAUAGAACUGGAUCAUAUUUUUGUCUUCUUUAAGAGCCUUAGUGCAGAAAGAUUGUUGGAGUUGAGGUCUCUCAGUUAUAAUCUGGAUUCUCUUAAUGUUAUUAAUAAAGGUCUUGAUGCAGAGAAUAAUAGACUAAAUUGGAAGAUAAAGGUUCUCGAGGAAGAGAAAAUGCAUCUUGGCGAGUCCAUUACUUGUCUAGAAGAAGACUUUAGAAAUCAUUUACUGCUUUCAGAGUUUGAUUUAAUUACAACUACAAAAGUCCUAGAUGAACUAAAUCUUCAAAGUCAGUGUGUAGAGACUCUACUGAUACAGAAACAGACACAGCUAUCAGAAACAAAUCAGAAGUUCCAGUCAAGUCAACAAAAGAACUCAGAAUUAUGUAGAAUCCUCAAGGGACUUCAGCUGGAUGAUGAAGUGAAUAAACUGGUCAAAGAAGAGUUGGAGCAGAAGAUUUCAACUUUAUCAAAAGUGCUUGACCACAGGAAUGAUGAGAUCAGAUAUCUUAAUGAAGCAAAUGAGGUGCUGCAAGAGGAAAUUAAUCAAAUGUGUGCAGAAGUUAAGUUGCUUGUGAACAGUGAGGAAGAUUUGAUUUCAGAACUUCAGAAAGAAAUAGCUGAAAAUGAAAUGAGUAAGCUGGUCAAAGAAGAUUUGGAGCAGAAUAUUUCGACUUUAUCAGAAGCACUUGCACAGAGGAACAUUGAGGUCAGAUACCUUUAUGAAGCAAAUAUGGUGCUUCAAGAGGAAAUCAAUCAAAUGUGUGAAGAAGUCAAGUUACUUGUGAACAGUGAGGAGGAUUUGAUCUCAGACCUUCAGAAAGAAGUAGCUGAAAAUGAGCGCUGCGAAGGGGAAAUCACAGCAUUGUUAAGUGAUGUUCAACUCUCCACAGCCUAUGCUGCAUUAUAUGAAGAAAAAGUUCAUGAGCUGCUAUUAGCAGGGGAAGUUAGUUUAAUAUUGCAAAAGGAGACGCUAGAUAUGGAGGCACCUUUAACAAAGGAUUAUGUGGAUACUCUGAAGAAAAAGAAUGAUGAUUUAGAGGGAGAAAAUAAUGGGUUGAAGGCUGUCGUGGAUGUUUAUCCAGCAUGCAUAACAUCUUUGUGGAAUGGUAUUAUCUCUCUAGAAAAACUAAUUAUGACAAUGUCAAAGCAUACACAAUCAAACCACUAUGAGAAAGAGGAUUUGCCCUUGGUUUCUUAUCUGCAUCAUGGUUCUUGUCAAUCUGGUGAAGGUCAUAAAGUCUUGGAUGUCAAAGGCGUUCCAGAGUUGGAGAAAUUGAUUACUAAAGUAGAAGCUCUUCAAAAGAUGAUAAUACAUAUCAGAAGUUACAGAGUGCAGGAAAACUUUGAUGCUGAUUCCAACUUAGAGGCUUCAAGUAAUGAUGUUGAUGGGUUAAAUAAUGAGGCACUUGCAGGGCAGUGUGAUGUUGAUGAUGAGGGACAAAAUGUUAAUGAAAUCUCCAGAGGGAAGUAUGGGCAAAUGAUGAAAGAUAAUAAACUCGAGCAGGAGUCAAGUUAUUUGCACUAUAGGACUAUUUGUUCUGAUGGUCCAAGCAGGAUCGACAUUGAUGAUCAAUUAUGGGAAGCUGCUGAAAGAGAUUGCAGCAACCAGAAAUGGAAAGCAUCAACAGCUGCCAUGGAACAUGGCAUAGAGUCUAUAGAGGAAGAAAAUUCCAAAUAUCCUUCUUCAGAGCUGGUGGUUGAGAAGGAGUUGAGUGUUGACAGGUUAGAGAUGCCCAAUAGAGCUUUGGCAUCCCAACAAGAAUUGUCCAAAAUGGUCCUCCCAAGGCUUCAAACUGACUUGCGAAAGUUAUUGGACCUCGAAAUGGAUGUGAAGGAUUUGAAGAGGAAAAUGGAAAGCUCUCAAAUGGGGAAGCUUCCUGCAAGUCUAGGAUAUAAUACAAUUUAUCCACAGUUAAAUGAUGCAGAAGGAGCUGUCAUUGAGCUAAUUGAUACAAAUAACAAGUUGACCAACAAGGCUGAAGAGCUCCAUUCCUCAGAUAGUAUGGACACAAACUCUGGAGAUGGUGGCAGCAGAAGAAGACGGCAAAUUGCAGAACAAGCAAGAAGGGAAUCAGAUAAGAUAGAAAGGCUAGAGCUGGAACUGCAUAAAAUCCAGUAUGUCUUGCUGAAACUUGAAGAACAGCAUGCGAGGAAGGACACUAGGGUUCGAGACAGAUCAAGAAUUCUUCUAAAGGACAUUAUAUAUGGGAGGAGAGACUGUGGUAGAAAGAUGAAGAAGAAUCUCUUCUGUGGAUGCAUGAGGCCGAAAACAAAGGGGGAUCACUGAUUUUUUUUGUUUUUGUUUUUGUAAUAGGCUAAAUUGUCUUGCAGCAUCUUCUUUUGGUAGCCGAAAAUAGUUGGGUUUUUGAUCAAGUUGGUACACUAGAGAGAUAAGAGGGAUUGUAAAUUGCAGGUAUAAUCUACUCUCGAUGAACAACAUUUACCAAGAUUUGUAUCAUGGUGGUAUGAUGUCAGAUUCAGGUUUAGUCA